GGAAGUAACUGUGACGGAAUAUCUGUAUUAGGAGUCUGCAUUGGCGUUGAUGGUUUUUAGAAAAUGGAUUUAACAUCCAGUGCGACUCAAGGUCCUCUACAGACUAUGAAGGAACGAAUGCGAGGGAAGAUAAAUGGACAGUUGAAAAACGUGAAAUUAAACACUUCCCUAGCAGCAAAAAUAAAGACGAAGGCUUUAAAUAAUUCAUCCAUUCUAAAGAUCUCCCUAAAACAUAAUAAUAAAGCCUUGGCGCGUGCUCUCACUGCUGAAAAAGAGAAGGCAAGGAGGUUGGAAAACGAUAAAAUGUUCCUUCAGAAGGAAGUGAAGAUGCUUCACUUUCAAAAUGCUCUUUUACGGCAGAACUUAUGUCUUGUGAACAAAACUCUUAAGGAUAUUGACCUCUUCAUGAAUAUUAACUUGUCCACAGCUAUUGAACUCAGUGGCAUGGAGUCUUCAGAUACUGUAUCAUCUGAUGAACAGCCAUGCAGUGAACGCUUAAGUGCCAUGUCUUGCAAUGAGGAUCAAGGCGUUAGAUUUACAGGAAUGCCUUUAAGAGUUCCUUGCACCUCUGCUGUGGACAGCAACAAGAAUGAUUCAUUCUCCAGUGCUAUGGAUGAAAAUCAGGCACAUGAUCUUAAUGUAAAUUGUAGUAUCACCAGAGAGAAGUCAAGUAGUUUGGAAAAAUCAAAAAUGGAUAUACUUGCAAAACCGUCCAUAGAUGACCUGCCAGCAUCUGUUGAUAAAACUUAUGAUUCUGCUUCCCAAAAUAAGAGAGUAAAGUCAUUAGAAUCUUUCGAUGAGUUAACUUUAACAAAUAGUAGAACUUCAGACAUUGGUACCUUUGUGACAAAGAGGAAAAAAAGGUCAGCCUUGCCGCGUUCCAGUAGUCAAAAGUGGGAGCCUAACCAAAGCCAGUGCACAGAUGGCAUAGACAACCCCACCAGUUCACAAUGGGAGCACAAUUCCCAAACUAUUCUUCCAGAUUCUUUAUGCAAUGGUGUAAAUUAUAAGAUACCGUCACCUUGUGACAAUAACUCACAUUUGAAUAACCAGUCAGGCAUAUUGCAUUUAAGCAAUGUGUUUGUGGAAAUGGAUUCCAUCACAAAACAGUAUACAGAGAACAAAGAAAGGAACACUGGUGCACAAUGGGAACCAGAUGAGGCUUGUAAUAGCCAAACUGUUUUAUCUAAAUCAAGUGGAAAUAGUGAGAUUGAUGUACCUUAUAUUGCCAACUCAGAAGUAUUUGGCCUUUUAACUGAAAAGAAUAAGCUGUCAACAAUGUUAAGUUUAAGCAUGCAGUCAGUCGAAGGUGAGCCUUCUAUGUGCUUAAUCACAGAAGACAGUGCAAACAAUAAGCACAAUACAGACAAUACAAUGCCAUCAGAUCAUGUAGAGCCAGUUGUAAAUAAAGAGCCACAAACUGAAGAUGCAUCUGCUCAGCAAGAGAAAACCUUGUAUGAUGCUGAUAUGGAACUAACUUCCAGUGAUGCUGCUUCCAUUGUUGCAGUUUCAUCUAAAAGUAAAAAGAGCAAAACUAAAUCUAAAUUACCUGUCAAACCGGAUCAAACUUCACUGAGGAAGGUCAAAAAAUCUAAAAAAGAAAAGACUAAAAAGAUUUGUAAAAAUAGCCUUUGUAGUGACGAAAACAAAGAUAUAUCCAAAUCCAAAGAAAAAUCUGAUGUUGUAUAUGAUACUGAAAUAGAACCUCUGAAUAUUGUACACCAGUCUGAAAAUAUAGAAAGCAACUCAAAUUCACACUUAAACACUGAAAUAGAUUUGAAUACAAAUACAGUAUCACAAAUAAUUGAUAAGGAUAGCAGAAGGACAUAUGCAGUUUGUGUAACACAUCCAAUUAAACAGGAAGAAUUUGACUUUAAUAUAACAUCAAAUAUUGAUAAUAUGCAAAAUCAGUUAAGAGACCCUGAACAAGGGGAUGAUGUUCUGUUUAAUGAAAUUUGCCAAUUAAAAAAUUCAGCAGUUUUUGAAUAUGAAAAAGAACAAGUCAAGAGUGAAAAAUGUAGGACCGAAAUUGCUCUUAAGCAAGGCCAAGCAAAAGCUAGUGACAUUUUAAAGAAUUCAGAAAAAUCCAAAAAGAAAAUAUGCAAGGAAAAGCACAGUUCAAAGUUGCUUGACCAAUUUCCAAUGGAGAAUGAAGGAUAUAAACUUGUCAGCUCCGAAACUCUAUUAGAUCUGCAGAAAGGACAUAACCUUCAAGCUAAUGUAUUACAAGCUAGUAUGACAAACAGAUACCCAAGUAUUCGUCGUGAAACAUAUGUUGUGUGUCCUCCUGAUACUUGUAUUGUACAAGCUCCGGCAGACUUUGUUUCCAGAGAAGAUAAAAUCUGUUAUCGGAGGGAGACCUUUGUUAUUCCGGAACCCAGUCUCAAAACGUCCAAUAUAAAUGAUACGAUUGAUAUUGAAAAAGAUACUGAUUUGAAACCCGAUGCACCAAGUCAUUCAAUAAACUCUUUAGGCUUUACGGAUAUUUUACCCCUUUCUGAAGAUAACAAAAGUGGAUGUGAUAAGACACAUAAAAAGUCUAAAAAAUUUAAAUCAAAAGUAAUCCCUGUAGAUCAAAAUGUUGAUUCCUGCAGUGAACCUUCGAAUUCAAGGUCCUCGCAAGCAGCUCACAAUGAAAAUCGUUACAAAAAGUCAGAUCACUUGCUUUCUCAGGAGGACAAAAGGAAGACCUAUAUGUUGCCACCUAAGAAAAAUGCUGUGGUCAAUACAAAACAAACACUUGUUCGAGAGAGUGUAAUAGAGCCAGAAUCUAGUCAACCUAAAAAGCCCACAAAGUUUACAAGUCUCUUUUCUACAAAUGAGCAUGACUCUUUUAUGCUUGACAUGGUUAGCGAAUCAAUUCUGGAUUCUAUGGUGGAGUUUCCAAGCUAUGAAGAAUUCCCAUCUCAAUCUACCGGUGAAAAUGUUUCCUUAAUUAUGGACAAGACUUUGCUAAAGAGUAUUCCCCUUCUGGAUUUCACAGAGGACUACAACUCUUGCGAAUCCUCACAUCCUUCAAAAGGCAUCAGUGUUCUUGAUGAAAAUGACCACAGUAAUUUACAAGAUCAUAAUGGAGAAAAUGUUGAUUGUACAUUUAAGAAGCUAAGUCAAGUUACAGAAAGUCAUGAACCAAGUAAGUUUUAA